AUGGCAACGGCAAUGGCAUUGGAUGACGUCACCCACCGGACGCUGGAAGUGAACGGCAUCAAGAUCCACGUCGCCGAGAUCGGCGACGGCGCGGCCGGCACCGUCCUCCUCCUGCACGGCUUCCUGGAGCUUUGGUGCUCGUGGCACCACCAGCUGCGAUCCCUCUCCGAGCGCGGCUACCGCUGCCUGGCCCCCGACCUCCGCGGCUAUGGCGACUCCGCCGCCCCGGCCUCCCCGUCGUCCUACACCGCUCUCCACAUCGUGGGCGACCUGGUCGGACUCCUCGACGCCCUGUCCCUGCCGCAGGUGUUCGUGGUGGGGCAAGGCUGGGGCGCCCUGCUGGCGUGGCACCUCUGCACGUUCCGCCCCGAGCGGGUGCGCGCGCUGGUCAACAUGAGCGUCGCCUUCAUGCCGCGCAACCCGGCCGUGAAGCCGCUCGAGCUGUUCCGUCGGCUCUACGGCGACGGGUACUACCUCCUCCGGCUGCAGGAGCCCGGCGUCAUGGAGGCAGAGUUCGCGCAGAUGGACACCAAGUUCAUCUUCAAGAAGCUCCUGACGACCCGCGACACCGGCGCCAUCUCCAUGUCCAAAGAGUGGUGGGGCCCGACGGACGAGGACAUUCCUUUGCCCCCGUGGGUGUCAGAGGACUACGUCGGCCACCUCGCCGCCAAGUUCGACGAGACGGGGUUCGCCGGCGCCAUGAACUUCUACCGCUGCCUCGACCUGAACUGGGAGCUGACUGCGCCGUGGACUGCGGCCAAGGUGACGGUGCCGACCAAGUUCAUGGCGGGGGAAUCGGCGAUGUCGUACAACUACACGGGGGUGCAGGAGUACAUACACAAGGGCGGGCUCAAGGGCGACGUGCCGGGGCUUGAGGAGGUGGCGGUAAUCGCCGGCGGUGCGCACUACAUCCACCUGGAGAAGGCGGAGGAGGUCAGCGAGCACAUCUACGACUUCUUCAAAAAGUUCUGA